CUUCGACACUACCAGACAUUCGACAUGGCUACAACUUAUACGCCUGGUCUGCUUUCACAAACGCUUCUCGGCUCCAAGACCGAGAAAUUAGAUACCACUGUCGACGAUUUGUUUAAAAAUAGUGCUGGUCCGAGUCAAGUAGCAACCACACCAUUGCCGGUUGCAUCAGCAAAAGCCGCCAAGGUCGAUCCUGCCCAACGAGCCCGUGAAGCAGUCAAAACAGCUAAAAGUGUUAAUGAGAUUAUAACGCAAACAAAGAAAGAUAAAAAGGAAUUGAAGAAGAGAAAGGUACAAGAAGAUAAAAAGGGACAACAAGCAAAGAAAGCCAAGGUUGAAGUGGAAGAUCCUCAAAAGAAGGUUGAAGAAGAGAAGGAGCGACUACUCAAGAUACGAGACGAAGAGAAAGAGAAGAACGAACGAACACUGUUUGUCGGUAAUCUUGCUGUGUCUACGAUACAGAAGGAAGAAUACAAAGAGCUUAAGAAGGCGUUUUCGGAGUAUGGCAAAAUUGAAUCCAUUCGAUUUCGAUCAGUGGCUUUCUCUGAUCUCCUUCCCCGUAAGGCAGCUUUCAUUUCUGGAAAGCUUCAUCCUGAGAGAGAUGUCUUGAAUGCAUACAUAGUAUAUGCCGACAAGGAAUCAAUGGAGAAGGCACUGGAGAUGAAUGCCCAGGUUUUUAACGACAAGCAUCUUCGUGUUGAUAGCGCAGCCAAUCCCAGAAACCAUGACCGAAAACGCUCAGUCUUUGUUGGAGGACUUCCUUUCGAUGCCCAGGAGGAACAGCUUUGGGAAUUCUUCGGAGAAUGCGGUGAUAUUGAGAACGUUCGCAUCGUUCGUGACGCCAAAACCAACAUUGGCAAGGGCAUUGCUUAUGUCCAAUUCUCGGUUAGUAUUCAUGUGGGUUUUUUGUUAAAUAGAUGGCCAAUUUUCUGACUUUAUUAUUGGCUUAUAGGAUCGUAACUCUGUUGAUUUGGCUUUGCAACUCAAAGAUAAAAAGCUCGGUGGAAAGCGUAAACUCAGAUUGGAUCGCUGCAAGGUAUCAGUAGCCGAAGGUGGCAAGCCAAGCGUACCCUCCGCCAAGAAAGGCGCAAAGGGUGCCAAGGGAGCAAAGGGAGCAAAGGGUUCAAUGGGCGUCAAGGGUGGCAAAGUUCGCAAGAUUACCAACUCUAAGCAAGUCAAUAGUCAG